GCAGCGGCGGCGGCGAGGCAAGAUGGCGGUGGCUUCGGUUGAAGCGGCUUCUCUUUCUCAGCCGGGGCGAUGCGCCUAUUUCGUGGAGCGGAAGAAGCGCUUCUGCAAGAUGGUCCCAGCCCCGGGCAGGCGCUUCUGUGGCGAGCACGGCGCUCAGGAGGAAGACCAUAAAAGGAAAAGAAUUCCUUGCCCUUUGGAUCCAAAACACACUGUGUACGAAGAUCAGCUACAAAAACACUUGAAAAAAUGUAAUUCAAGAGAGAAGCCAAAGCCUGUCUACUUUGCUAAAGAUAUUAAUGCAGGAUUGAAAAACGAAACAGAGCUGUCUGAAGAACAGCAGGUACCAAUUUCUGCACUUUCUAAACAAGAAUUAGAGGGCUUAAUUAGGAAGCUAAGAAAAGCAAGUAACACUAUAAAUUAUGUACUUAAGGACCAAAUCCUUUCUCAUCAGGCCUUACAAGAGGCCCUAAACGAUUCCCAAAAUGGAGAUGCAGCUUUUAAACAUUUGAAGCAACAGGCUUCUAUAUUGGGUAACAUGGAAAGAUUGCAUUUGCUUGGACCAGGGAACUGUUUCGUUGAAUUUGGAGCUGGACGGGGAAAACUAUCCCACUGGGUGGAUAUAGCUUUACAGGAUGCUCAAGAUGUUCAUUUUCUUCUUGUUGAAAGGGCACCUACCAGGUUCAAGGUGGAUGGCAAACACAGAAAACAUUACUUUGAGAGGCUUCAAGUUGAUAUCCAGCACUUGUGUUUAAGUAAAGUACCUCUUCUUCUGGAAAAGAAACUACCUCUGAUAGGAAUUGGAAAACAUCUGUGUGGUGCUGCAACAGAUCUUGCUUUGAGAUGCUUAGUUGACACCUAUGUGAAAUUUUGUACUGAAGAAGAGGAAGGCCCAGUAACUAAACGCCUCAAGACCGAUGGAACUAACAUAAAUUAUCAUUGUCCUGACAAAAUGCAUAACAAGUGUGUAACUGAAAACUGGAACCCUGUAGUUGGAAUUGUUGUUGCACUUUGUUGUCAUCACAGAUGUGAGUGGAAGCAUUAUGUUGGCCAAGAUUUCUUUACAAGAGUAGGACUUGGCCCAAUGGAAUUUAAUUUUUUUAAAAGAAUGACAAGCUGGGCUACUUGUGGCAUGAGAGAAAGAACAACAGAGACCACCAGAAGUGGCAUACAAAAUAAAGAACGAAGAAACAAAGAUGAACAUGAUCAAGAUGAUAUAAAUCCUGAAUGCAAUUUGGAUAGUCUUCAAGGGCUGCUGACCACUGAUGAACGAAAACAGAUAGGUCACCUUUGCAAACUGUUGAUUGAUCAUGGUCGGAUUAAAUACUUAGAGCAGAGAGGGUAUGAAGCUGUGUUGCAACACUAUACGGACUCAAGUGUGUCAUUAGAAAAUGUUCUCCUGACAGCUGUUCCAUCUCCAUCUUCAUUAUCUUCCACAACUGCUUAAAAGCUGGAAAAGGCCUUCCAGAAGCUUCACUGCCUCCAGAACUUUUGCAGAUUUGUAAUGUCCAGAAUUGUGCUUAACAAACUGGGGAUAGUUUACAGUGUCCUUUGAGAUCAGAAAAAAAUGGACCAAUGAGUGGAUAGCUCAAGAUAUUUAUUACAACAGAUCUGGCUGCAUAUCAUUUUCUCUGUGCUCCAAAAAAAGUGUAAUAGUUACCAUAUUAGCUUGGUGUUAUUUUUGUUCUUCAGUCAGUGGCAGCAGCAGCACCUGGAAUAUCACUUUCCAUAUUUCCUGAAAGAGAAAUGUAAUGUUUGCCAAGAAACACACAUUUUUCAAAAAAUAUUCCAGCAACUUUUUAAAACUUAAUUUUUCAGUAUAUCUGUAUGAGGCUUUCAAAAGUGUUUUUAAACUAUAUUUUUACAGAGGAUCGAGGCAUUUAUCUAAACUGACCUGUGGGCCAAGCAUGACGUUAUUUUUUACAGUCCUUAAUGCUUGUGCACCAGCAGGUGGCGUUUCCUCUCCUUUCCUCUACUCUUUGUGCAAUGCCCAUUCUUCCCCUGCAACUCUCUUGAAGAGAGGGUGGUUUUUCUUUAGUUCUGUAGUACAAGAGAAAAGGGUUAAUCUCUCCUGAGCUCUGUGAUCUCAGUCCAGAGUCUCUUCUCCCAUUUUUUUUUUAAAAAGGAAAAAGCACACAUGUAUUACUACCAGCUAUAUAUUGAAUAUAACAUUUAGGUUAUAUUCACACAUAAUGGUUAAUCAGGAUGUUUUAAUGGUUUGUUGAUUGAACCAUUGCAGCAUGGCUCACACAUUAUAGUGCUAAAAUGAACAAUGUUAGGGCUCUGGUUUAUGUAUCAGAAUAAUUUACAGUUCAAGAUAGGAUUGGGUAGGAUCUCAACUUUUAAACACUAAAAUACCAUAGUGUCAAGGACAUUCUACUAUCACAAACUUGCCUUUAUUUUAUCCAUUCUUAAAAUACUGUAGGUCACUUUUGUCUGAUUCAGGCAAUAUUAAAAGAGGUAAUGUUG